CCUGUCAUCGCUCGCAGACGACCUUCUAAAGAUAGUUCAGAAGCAAAAAGGAUUCCAAAAUACAUCGCAGGCCCUCAAAACAGGUUUUGUUUUGCAAGCCGCGGAUGCCAUAAACGCGGCCAAUACGGAAGCAGUGGUGCCGUUAGCCUAGUGUUGUGAAGCUCAAAGACACUGCGCAGCCACACGACCAACGCUGACGCGCGUCCAUUACGUAUAGAGCGAGAAAAGCUGUACACAGUUUGGAGCUCCGAAUUCAUUUAAAAGCCGGACGCGUUUAACAAAAAAUGGAAGCCACCCUCCAAAAGGUCCAGCAAGAGCUCAAAUCCGACGAGUGGGAGCUGCGCGUCGACGGCCUCAAGGCCUUGACAAAGCUCGGCGAGGAGGCGCGGACGCCCGAUCAACGCCAGCAGCUCGCGAAGCUCCUCAAGCAGGAGGGCAUCGGCAAGCUCGUGACGGACCAGCUGCGCAACUUGAGAAGCGUCGUCGCGGCGGCGGCCUGCCGCUGCGCCACGGCGCUGGCCACCGGGCUUGGCAGCGACGGCCGCGGUUUAGCGGAUGAGCACUGGACGGCCACGUUACUGGGCGUGGCGUCCGGCGGCGCGCCGAAGGUCGUGCAGGAGGCCGCGACGCAGGCGUUGAGUGCUAUUGUGGAUGCCGCAGCACCAAUCGGCAACGCCGCGCUCUUCUCUAGAUUGUGCCAGACGGCAGAAACGGCCAAGGCGCCGCCGGCGCGCAAGCACGCCAUGGACCUCGCGGCGCGCGCGUUGGGGAGGUGGCGACCCGAUUCUAAUUGGGCCCAGGCCGCAAGUGUUGUGGAGAAAAGGGCGCGCGACGCCGACGGGAGCGCCAGAGCGGCCGCGCGGGGCCUCUGGCUCGCGCUGCGCCACGCGGGCUUCGCGCGGCAGGCCCAGGACUGCCUCGAUGCGCUGGACGCGUCGGCGCGCAAGGCCUUUCAAAAAGCCGCGGCCUCCGCGCCGCCGCCCGGCCCGCCGCUCACGGAUCUACCGCCACCAGCAGCACCCAAGCCCAAGCCCAAGCCCAAGCCGGUUCAGAAGAAGAAGCCCGUCGCUGUUGAACCGCCGCCGCCGCCGUCGCCCGAACGACCGAGGACGAAGCCCACGCCGGCUCUGAUCGACGCGCUCGCCCAGCAGUGCGCGUCGCCGCACUGGGACGUGAGGAGGGACGCCGUGGCUGCCUUAAGGGAGGCCCAGCGCGACGGCGUAACGGGAGAUGACCGCAAGUCCGCCUGGCGGGCGCUGGUCGUGGCCGUCGGCGACGCGCACCAUAAAGUAGCCUUGGCCGCCUUGGAGGCGUGUUGUGCGGGCUUGGACGCCGGUAGGGAAGAUGUCGAGGGCUUGUUGGCCUCGAUUCCCGAUAGACCGUUCGGCGUCGCGUCAUCAUUAGGUUUACUGGUCACAAGGUGCUGUUCUCGGUUAGCUGACGGAAGAGCACCUUUACGAAGAGCGGCGGGCAACUGCUUGGACGGUGCUCGCCGAGCCUUCGCGCCAGGAGCUUUGUUACACGCGGCGGCGCCGGCGACGAACGCCCUGACACCUCUGAGGGCGCGAGCCGCUUUACAUGAGUUCCUCGCGGCCGUCGCGCGCGUCGACGGCGAGGCGCAGGGGGCGUCCUAUCUCGCCGACGAUACGCACUUACAUACGCUUGUCAGUCGAGUCGCCGCCACUCUAGCAUCAACAAGAUCCGCCUCGACACAACGGGAAACGGCGGCCAAUGAUGGUGCGGCCCCGUGCCACGCCGCGGCCACUCGAUUGUUAGUUGCGUUGUUCCGGGCAGACAGGAAUAGGGUCGCAUCGAGGGUCGCGAAGCUGUCACUCAACGAAAAGCAGGCCUGCGAGCACGCUCUCAGAGAUGCCGCCCCCGAUUUCAAGAGUGCUGUAUCUGCAUCAAGGAAGGAGGAGACCGCGGCGCCCUCCAACAUCGUGAGCGAGGAGACGGAGCGCGCCGCUCGAAGUACAUUAAGUGCGGCGGUGGCAGCCUUAGCGCGGGAAGUGCGGGGCGGCGCCGACGCCCGACGGGACGCGUCGGCCGCGCGCGCGGACAUCGCGCGCAUCGCCCGCAAGGACCUGUUGAGCGCGUGCUGGAGCGACAAGUGCGACGCCGUGGCCCACUUGCUCGUGGAAAGAGCCUGCGGCGGCGCCGCCACGAGCGCGGAGCGCUACCUGACUGUCGACGACUCGGACGAUUCAAAUGAUGGGAGGUUCCACACGCGGCGGGGCGUCGCCAAACAACCGACGACGUCUUUAUCUGAUCUGGCGGCGCGGCACGAGUCGCUCGCGGCGCUGCGGACGCUGGCUAGACGAAGACCGAAGGCCUUCCGCGGCUCGGUCGACUCCUGCGUCCCGCGACUCUUGCAGCUCGCGCGGAGCACGACAGCACCCUUGGAGCUCGCCUGGGCGGCGGAACGCGUCGUCGCGGCGGUCGCCGAUCGCGGCGACGCCGCGCGGUGUCUCGAAUUGCUCUUGCCGGAUGUCUUCGACGCGACGCCCCCCAAAACGGCGGACGCGGCCUUUUUGGAGGCCUUGGACGCCGCCGCGAGCCGCGCGCCUCUAUGUAGAUUGGCGGGGCUCUGCUGCGCGCGGGCGCCGGCGCAGAGCGUGCGGAACGCGCUCCCGACGCUGUUGCCGGCGCUCGGGGCGGCUUGUAGUGCUCCCGGCGCCGACGUCCGCAAGGCCGCCGUCGACGGGUUGGUGGACGUGUAUCGCGCAUUGGGCGACGGCGUCGUGCCGAAGUUCAAGCAGUUUUUGCGGGAGGACCAGGUGCGGCUCGUGGGGACGUACGUGCACCGCGCGGGGCUCUCGGCGGCUUAGUUUUUGAGGGAGUAAGUUUAUCACAGACGAA